AUGACGGAUCACCGAAAACCCAAGCGAUACAAAAAUCUUUUGUCAUGGUUUACAAAUGAUACUCCAUCAAGUGGUAGUGGGAGUGAGAUUAGGAGUGAGAGUGGGAGUAGAAAUGUGACGUCGAAUUCUGUGAACGAUGUACCUUUAAACUCUUCUCCAUCUAUUCUAGAAGAAUGUCAUAAUGAAAGAAUUGAGAGAGAAGAAAUUUUUGAUGUUACUUCUCUUGAGCGUGAUCCAGGAUUACGACGUUCAAUAUGUAAGUAUCCUUUGAAUGAUCGUGACAGUAUUCGAAGAGCUUAUGUGUUAUCCUUCCCACCAUCCGACAUUCACUGGUCUGGGUUUCAAGGUUGGAAGAAUGUUAUGUCAAAACAAUCUGGUCUAGUUAAUCACAUGGGAGCCAUAAAUUCUCCACAUAGUAUUGCCAUGCACAAGUGGGAGUCCCUAAGAAACCCAUCUAAGCAUAUUGAAAGAGUGAUUAGCACACAAUCAGCACAAGAACUAGCAGAUAACCGACUCCGGCUUAUUACUUCUAUAGAGAGUGUGAGGUUGUUGGCACACCAAGGAUGUGCUUUUAGAGGUCAUGAUGAAUCAGCCGUAUCAUACAAUGCUGGCAAUUUCACUGCAGUUGUGAAUUCCUUUGGAAGAAUGAAUAUAGAAGUUAACAAAGUCUUACAAAAUGCUCCUGAGAAUGCCAAGUAUACUUCUCCACUUAUUCAAAAGCAAAUUGCAAAUAUUCUUGGUAACAAAGUUAGAACUAAGAUUCGGGAGGAAGUGGGAGAUGCCAAGUUUUGCAUCCUUGUUGAUGAAGCGGUUGAUGUAUCUAAUAGGGAACAAAUGGCUAUCAUUCUUCGAUUUGUUGAUUGUGAUGGGUUUAUUAGAGAACGGUUUUUCAAAGUUAUUAGUGUUGCGGACACUUGUUCUCAAACUCCAAAAGAUGAGAUUUCCAAAGUCCUUGCUCAAUAUGAUCUUCAAGUAGAAAAUAUGUGUGGCCAAGGAUAUGAUGGUGCUACUAAAGGGGUGCAUGAUAUUUGGGAGUUCUUUUCAACUCUAAAUUUGAUUGUAAAUUUUGUUGAUUCUUCUGCAAAACGACAUUCAGCAUUAAGAGCUAUAAGAGAAGAAGAAAUUGCAGAUUUAGUAGCUGCAGGUGCACUUCAGACAGGUAGAAGGGCUAAUCAGACUUGCACUUUGCAACGGGCAGGGGCUACUCGUUGGGGUUCACAUCUUCGCUCUAUUUCAAGUUUGAUUAAAUUAUUUGGAGCUACCAAAACAACUCUUGCAGAUUUGGUUGGUAAUGGACCAAAUAAAGUACAAGGAGAAGCGAAGAGUGUAGGUAAGGCUAUGAAGCGUUUUGAUUUUGUGUUUUGCAUGAUUUUGAUGCAUGAUGUCAUGAGGAUUACUGACUUUCUUUGUCAGGCAUUGCAAAAAAAAGCCAUAGACAUCUUGAAUGCUCUGAAUUUUCUUUCAAUAACAAAAUCAAAACUUCAAGAUAUAAGAGAAGAUGGUUGGGAUGAUUUGAUUAUGAAGGUUGAAUCAUUUUGUUGUGAGCAUGAUAUUAUUAUGCCGGAUAUGUCUGCUCCUUACAAGAAAGCUACAAGGGCUUGUGAACAAGGUAUUACAAAUGAGCAUUAUUAUCGGGUCAAUAUACUAAAUGCUGUGAUAGACUUUCAGUUGGCAGAGCUGGAUAGUAGAUUUACAGAUAAUUCAUUGGAGCUCCUUGUUCUUAGUGCUACAUUUGAUCCACGUGAUAAUUUUCGAUCAUUCAAAUCUGAAGAUGUUUGCAAUAUUGCUUUGAAGUUUUAUCCUCAAGAUUUUACAUCAUAUGAUAUGCUUGCUCUAGAUAUGGAGUGUGGGUUUUUUGUAACAGAUAUUCAUAAGGAUCCAAGAUUUGCCAAGACAACUUUUGUGUCUGAUUUAUGUAGGCGGUUAGUUGAAUCUAGAAAGUCAUCAUUCUUUCCUAUGAUUUAUAGGUUGAUUUGUCUUGUGUUGACUCUGCCAGUUUCUACAGCAACAACAGAGAGAGCAUUUUCAUCUAUGAAUAUCAUAAAAAACAAACUUCGAAAUAAGAUUGAAGAUGAGUUUCUUGAUGACUUGAUGGUUCUUUACAUUGAAAAGGAGUUCGCCGAUAGUAUUGAUAAUGAUUCUGUGAUUGCUGAGUUUGAAGUGAGUGGGCCUCGGAGAGUACGAUUUAGUUAG